GGAGGAGCUGUCAGUCAGUCAGUCACUUAGUCCACGUUGACAUUGACAUAUGGAAGUGCCGGACGGCAAAAAUGAAUCUGAAAUGGAAUCUGGCCUUGGCCUUGGUAGCGGUUCUUUGUCUGGAUCGCGGGUACGGAUCGGGACUUGACUUGGAUGGGGUUUCAGGUCCUGAAAUGGGACUUCAAUUGGCUGCCCACUUGGCGCCUAAUACUCCGGCAAAGAUCCAGGAGGACGCUGCACUGGCAGUAAUCAGUAGAGUGAUCGGCGGACGUGCUUCUCAAUUGUUUCAGGUGCAGGUCAAUAAGGGAAUGGCAUUACGCAGCUUUAAGAUUAACAUGCUGGAGGAUAGCCGGAUACUGCUGGCGGGAUGGGAUGGAGUCUCCGUUUGCAAGGCCUUCCAUCACUACCUGAAAUACGUUCUAAACAAGGACGUGGAUUGGUUCAAAAUGCGUAUCGAGCUGCCCACAAAUAUCCAGCUGCCCAAUGUGACCAUCGGAUCCACGUCAGCGAGUCCGAUCAUAUAUCACCAGAACGUGUGCACCUGGAGCUACAGCUUCGCGUGGUGGGGAUUUGAGCAGUGGCGCCGGCACCUGGAUUGGAUGGCCCUGAUGGGGAUUAGCCUGACCAUUGCUCCGGUGCAGGAGGCCAUUUGGGCGGAGGUGUACACGGAAAUGGGGCUUAGUCCGGAAGAGAUCGAAAACCAUUUGGCAGGACCCGCUUUCCAGGCCUGGCAGCGCAUGGGAAACAUCCGGGGAUGGGCAGGUCCCCUCAAGCCGGAGUGGCGACGACUGCAAGUGCUCCUGCAGCAGGAGAUCCUCGCUGCCCAGCGUAAUCUGGGCAUGAGUGUGGCAUUGCCCGCCUUUGCUGGUCAUGUGCCAAGGGCUCUAAAGCGCCUGUACCCGAACUCUACGUUCAUGGAAGUGCAGCGAUGGAAUCAUUUCCCGGAUCGCUAUUGCUGCGGUUUCUUUGUAGAACCCACGGAGCCACUUUUCAAUCAGAUAGCCGAGAGUUUUUUGAGCCGCGUAGUUUCAACGUAUGGUUCGAAUCAUAUUUUCUUCUGCGAUCCCUUCAAUGAGUUGGAGCCACCGGUAGCAAAACCCGAUUACAUGCGAUCCACGGCGGCGGCGAUAUUCGAAUCCAUGAGAGGUAUUGAUACCGAGGCUAUUUGGCUUUUGCAGGGAUGGAUGUUUGUUAAAAAUCCUUUUUGGACCACGGACAUGGCGAAGGCAUUUCUUACUGCCGUACCAAGUGGUCGGAUACUAGUGCUUGAUCUCCAGAGCGAACAGUUCCCCCAAUACGAGCUGACACACUCAUACUUUGGUCAACCUUUUAUAUGGUGCAUGCUCCACAAUUUUGGUGGUACCCUUGGGAUGUUCGGAUCCGCCAAGCUGAUCAAUUCCGGAAUCGAGACUGCCCGUCGGAUGCCCAAAAGCAGUGUGGUUGGUACCGGCAUCACUCCCGAGGGCAUUGGUCAGAACUAUGUGAUGUAUUCCUUGGCUUUGGAGCGCGGAUGGAGUGAUUCAUCAUUGGAUUUGGAUAGCUGGUUCAGGAACUUCUCACACACACGUUAUGGCGUAAACGAUGAGCGACUGGAGCGGGCUUGGGUACUGUUAAAGAAUAGUGUAUACUCGUUCCAUGGUUUGCAGAAAAUGCGAGGGCAGUAUGUGGUGACGCGGAGACCAUCCUUCACCCAGGACCCGUUCACUUGGUAUAACGCAAGCGAAGUUCUGGACGCCUGGCACCUGCUACUCUCGUCAAGGGCCAUCAUUCCUCUGGAGGACGAUAGAUACGACAUCUAUGAGCACGAUUUGAUUGACAUAACCAGGCAAUUCCUGCAAAUCAGCGCGGAUCAGCUAUAUAUUAAUCUGAAAUCGGCCUACAGAAAGCGACAGGUUUUGCGAUUUGAGUACCUCAGCUCCAAGCUCAUGAAUCUGUUUGAUGAUAUGGAGCAGAUCUUGGCCAGCGGUAGGAACUUUUUGUUAGGCAGCUGGCUGGAACAAGCUAAGCGGGCGGCACCAAAUGCUGUGGAUCAAAGCAACUUUGAAUUUAAUGCCAGAAACCAAAUCACCGCCUGGGGUCCCGAGGGUCAGAUCCUUGAUUACGCCUGCAAGCAAUGGUCAGGAUUGGUUAGGGAUUACUACAUGCCACGAUGGAGUCUUUUCCUGGAAGAUGUGACCGUGGCUCUGCACUCCCAGCGACCGUUCAACGGCACCGCUUUUAAACAGAAAGUGUCGCAGCGAAUUGAGUUGCCUUUUAGCAACAAAACCGACAUUUAUCCUCUUAAGCCAAUUGGCAAUACCUGGCUCAUUUCAAACAACAUUUUUGAGACCUGGAAAGUCUACUCAAAGGACUCGCAAUUUCUACACAACAAUAGAUUGUCGAUCCCACGAAAAUUGGGUCCCAAAUAACAAACAUUUUUAUUUUAAUCACCUGUAUGACUGCCAAAUUUAAAUGAUUCAUUAAAAUCUCUGUAAGCUUGACUUUAAAUAAUAUUAAUAAAAGUUUCUUUUAAAUCCUAUCUUAGAAUAAU